AGGAAGUGCAUGUGUGCGCAGAGCAGUGAGAGUUGACCACCUGUGGGAAGUACACCGAGAGAAACUUGACGUUUGUGGAUUGUUUGCUGUGGGGUUUUUUUUAAACGUAAUUUAAGAUUGAAUUUCGACCGCUGCGUCGAUAAUGGCCCCUGUAAACUACGUAGAUGAACUAAACGAGUACGCACAGAAAACAGGCUCCGUGGUGAUUUUUGAAGAGGUGAGCUGCGUGGGACCCGAACAUGAGCAGAUAUUCACCCAGAGAGUAGUCUGCAACGGUGAGGUGUAUCCCGAAGGUGUGGGGAGGAGCAAGAAGGAAGCCAAGCAUAAUGCUGCUGGAUAUGCCUUGAGAGGCUUGUUGGAGAACCAACCUGCCAGCAACGUGGUAAAUAGCCAGAGUCUGAAUGACAACAGCUUUGAAGAGACAAAUUUCAAAGGUAUUCUCAACCACUACUGUCAGAAAAAAAGCCUCGUCCAUAAUUACAUCAAAGUGAAAAGAAGCGGUCUACCACAUUGUCCCCAAUUCACCUACAAAGUAGUAAUGGAAGACAAAGAGUACCCUGAGGGGGAGGGUAGGACUAUCAUGCAAGCCCAACAAAGUGCUGCUCAGCAGGCCUGGUCUGCUCUUCAGGAGCAGUCCGACUGGGACAGCAAGGUUUCCUUGAGGUCCACUGUGUCCGAAGAUGAUGAUCCCCCUAUGAUGUCAUCAACUUCAACCUCGACUUCGACAUCGACCUCGACAUCAACUUCACUGUCCCCCAGGAUGUCAUCAUCACAAAGUGAACCAAUGAGUACAAGUAACUCCAUAGUAUUCAUUGACUCAUCAAACCCUCACAAUGAUCAGGAUCAAAGUCCCAAACUGAAGCCCAAAAUAAGACUUGCGCGCAGUCAAAGUAAAGAGGCUAAAACUAAUUUCAAUGGCAAGACUCCGGGGAACAUCCUGUGUAAGGAAACACCAGCCCAGUCAGUAAUGUCAAGAUUUACAAUGGAAUUUGACUGCAUAGAGAGUAUCGGCAACAGAGCCUUUGGUCAGGUUUUCAAGGCAAGAGAAAAACUGCUGGACAAGAACUGUGCUGUAAAGAUAGUUCGCUGCAAAGGACGAUCUCUGCGAGAGGUGGGAGCAUUAUUCAACCUCCAUCACCACAAUAUUGUGCGAUACUACACAUGUUGGACGGAGGAUUCCAGUUACCAAAUGGACAGUGAUUCUGACACUAGCAGUGCUUCUCAGUCAAGUGGUAAUUCAUCGGUUAAGUACCUCUACAUUCAGAUGGAGUUGUGUGACACCAAAACACUUGGACACUGGAUAAAAGAGAGGAAUACCAGAACUCUGCUAGACUCCAGCAGACGACAUGAGGGUCUAACCAUCGCUCAACAAGUAGUCAGUGGAGUCGAGUACAUUCACUCCAAAGUACUCAUCCACAGGGAUCUGAAGCCUGCCAACAUCAUGUUUGGACAGGAUGGAGAAGUGAAGAUUGGAGACUUUGGUCUGGUCACUGCUGAUGAUGUUGACGAUGAAAACCCAAUGGAGAGAACUAAACAAUUAGGAACCCUUUCUUACAUGGCUCCCGAACAACUUGAGAACAUCUAUGACCGGAAGGUGGACAUAUUCGCCUUCGGGCUGAUAUUCUUUGAACUCCUCUGGAAAGUCUCUAGUGGCCAUGAAAGAGCGGAGGUUUUCAGAGGUGCCAGAAAUCAGAAGUUCCCCAGAGAGUUUCCACUUACUUUUUCUCAAGAGGAACAAAUAAUAAGGUCAAUGCUGUGUAAGGAUCCAAAACAACGACCUGAAGCAAGUGCUCUGAAGGCAGAGCUAGAAGAGUUGGCCCACACUCUCAACCCUUAAAAACUAAACAUCAGCAAAAUGUAACAGUCUGACAGUGACACACGCAGGAGGUUAUAAACAUCUGUCUCCUGUGC